CUCCAUUUCAGAAAAAAUAGAUCAACAUCUCUUAUUUUUCUCCACACUUCCAUUCAAUGGCAGGAGCUCUCUCCCACUUCGGUACCAAACCAACCCUACUUUCCCCCUCUAGAUCUAAUCCCAACCGUCCAUCAUCAUCGUCUUAUAGGCCCAUGAUUGUCACUAUGGCCCACGACCAAUCUUACUGGGCUUCCAUAGACGCCGACAUCGAGGCCCAUCUCAAGAAGGCCAUCCCAAUCCGGCCACCACUCUCCGUCUUUGAGCCCAUGCACUACCUCACCUUUGCCGCCCCGAGAACCACCGCACCGGCCUUGUGCAUUGCCGCAUGUGAGCUCGUUGGCGGCCACCGUGACCAGGGCAUGGCUGCUGCUUCCGCUCUCCACCUCAUGCAUGCUGCAGCAUACACCCAUGAGCACCUCCCUUUGACGGACAGGCCCAGGCCCAAGCCCGCGGUCCAUCACGCCUUCAACCCAAACAUAGAGCUACUCACUGGUGAUGGAAUCUUCCCAUUUGGAUAUGAAUUAUUGGCUAGAAACAACGACCCGGCCCAAAACAGUUCUGAUCGGGUCUUACGGGUUAUCAUUGAGAUUACACGCGCCAUGGGCUCACAGGGGGUGGUGGAUGGCCAAUACCGCGAAGUUCAGUGUAGUGGGUCCGACGGUGAGGAGCCAUGCCACAUGGGGUGGAUCGAAUACGUGUGCAAAAAGAAGGAAGGUGAACUACACGCGUGUGGGGCCGCGUGUGGGGCCAUAUUGGGAGGUGGAAGUGAGGAGGAGAUAGAGAAGUUGAGAAAAUAUGGGCUUUAUGUAGGAAUGAUACAAGGAAUGCUAUAUGGAGUGGGAAGGAAUGAGAAGGGAUCAAACGAGGCCGCGGAAAAGUUGAGAGAAUUGGCUACGAAGGAAUUGGAAAAUUUCAGUGAUAGAAAGAUUGAGUCACUUUCUAGCCUUGUUGAGGCUAACCUAUGCAAUGUCUAGAGUUUUAGUAUGUGUUGAAUGUGUACCCAAACACAAGGGAAUUAGUCGACGUCAUGGUUUGUGGAGAGAAAAAAAUAUGGGACUUGUGCAGGACAUGUGACUCUUGUGUCUUUUUAACUCAUUGAAUUGUCCAAAAUCUGCCUGUAAAAUCAGUGUAAGAAAGUUUGGACUUUAAAGAGUUUCUGUUUUUUUCAUUACCUAAUUAUACUAGUUUUUCAUA